AUGGCGCUUGUGCCCGGAACCGCAAGGGAUGACAGCUUGGAUACUAGUUGUAGUGUUACUGUUCUUGUUGUUGACAUAUCGCUCCCGAAAGAUGCGGUAGUUAUCGGGUUAGAGGUUAAGCGCAAAAUCAGCGACGAUUAUAUGAGCGAGAUACCAACCGGCGGUGGCCUAGACGUUGGUUAUUGGAGUCCUAUAGGGGUUCGACCGAUUUUUUCGACCAUUAAUGAUGCGGUAAAUGCGGCCUACUACAUUAACGGGGAGGCUUGUUAA